AUGUCCGCCGGCGGUAAUCACCUGAAAGAUGAGGGCACAAAACGGCAAACCAUCGUGGCCGGCGGUAUUGCCGGUCUGAUCUCGCGCUUCUGCAUUGCGCCGCUGGAUGUCGUCAAGAUUCGCCUGCAGCUGCAGAUCCACUCUCUGUCUGACCCAGCCUCGCAUCAAUCCGUGACGGGCCCUAUCUACAAGGGCACGCUAUCCACGAUGCGGGAGAUUGUGCGCCAGGAAGGAAUCAAAGGCCUAUGGAAAGGGAACAUCCCGGCGGAAAUGAUGUAUGUCUGCUAUGGCGCUGUCCAAUUCACCGCAUACCGCUCCUCGACGCAGAUCCUCGCACACCUCGGCCCCUACCGAUUCCCCCAACCGAUUGAGUCAUUCGUCUCCGGCGCUGUAGCCGGCGGCUUCGCUACGGCAACCACCUACCCGCUCGACCUGCUGCGCACGCGCUUCGCUGCACAGGGCCCAGACCGAGUCUAUCAGUCCCUGAGCUCGUCCAUUAUCGAGAUCGCGCGCAAUGAAGGCACCGUGGGUUUCUUCCGCGGGUGCUCCGCGGCGGUGGCGCAGAUCGUGCCGUAUAUGGGCUUGUUCUUCUCUGCAUACGAGGGCUUUCGGCCAGUCAUGGCGCACUUGGAUAGUUUGCCGUUCGGUACGGGCGACGCAGCCGCCGGGAUCCUCGCAAGUGUCAUCGCGAAAACGGGGGUGUUUCCACUAGAUCUUGUGCGGAAGCGACUGCAGGUGCAGGGCCCGACAAGAACACGCUAUGUGCAUCGUAAUAUCCCUGAGUAUAAGGGUGUGAUACGGUCAUUGAAACUGAUUAUGCGCACGCAGGGCGUGCGAGGCUUGUAUCGUGGGUUGACAGUGAGCUUGCUUAAGGCUGCUCCUGCGAGUGCGGUCACGAUGUGGACCUAUGAGCAUGUACUGAAACUGCUUCAAGAGUUGGAUCUAAAAGCUCUUCAGUAG